GCCGGCUCCCGUAGCCGGAGGAGGGAACCCGGAAGUGUUGCCAUGGCGGCGGCGCAGGGGGGCCUGGUCGGCAGGCUGGUCGCGGUGCUGGAGACCUACCGGGGGAGAGACCGAGCGAUGCGCACCCUCAGCUACGGCUGCCAGCUGGCGGGAGGGGCCCUGCUGGCCGGGAGCCCCCCCGCCCCCCUGGGAGACCGCCUCCUGGCCCUGGCGCAGCAGCUCAGCCACUGCCGGACCGUCCUGCGCCUCUUCGAUGACCUCACCAUGCUGACCCACACCUGCCACUACGGCCUGGGGGGCCAGGAGGAAGAUGCCGCUGUGCGCUGGCUCUCCGUCCUCAACAACCUGGCCGACCAGCUCUACUACCCGUGUGAACACGUGGCCUGGGCUGCUGACGCAGAGAUCCUCCGUGCCAACUCACAGAAGUGGUGGGCACUCAGCACGGCGCUCUGGGGGGCAUCUCUGCUGCUGGGGAUCGCUCGCUCUCUGAGAAUCCUGGCCCAAAUCAGAAGCAAGCUGCAGACACCACCCAGUUGCAGCAGCAGCAGUUUGCAGGCAAGCCCCAAGGAGCUGAGAGCCCAGGCUGCAGCGGAAGCGCUCACCAUCCUCAGCAACAUGGCCGACCUGGCCAACGCCGUCCACUGGCUGCCUCCCGGAGUGCUCUGGGCUGGGAAGUCCCCCCCGUGGCUCGUCGGCCUCAUGGGCACGGUCUCAUCUCUGGCCGGGCUGUACCAAACCUGCAUCAAGGGCAGUGCCAAGAGCCUUGGCAUAUGAAGGCAGGCGGCCAAAGCUCCAAUACUGGUUAUGAUCUUCAGAAGCACUGAUUCUUCAGGAGAGAGGGUGAUUGCUGCUCCCAGGAAAACACAGUGCUCAGAGGGUUUGGGAUUGGCGGGCUGGACACAGUAGUGAGGAUUCCAAGGCAGGCAGGAGUUCCCAGAGGCUUCCGGCUGCACCCCACUUGGGAAGGCUGUUCAGCUCAAGUGACGGGCGGGAGUCUGCUUCUCCUCCUCCUCCUCAGACAGGGACUACCCACCCCCUCUGGAGGGCAGUGGCUGGAGCCAGCUGUGCCUUGUGUGACAAUUCAGAGCCAAUAACAAUAAAAAGCAAGACUGACAACAACCAACCGGCACACUGGCGUUGCUCCUCCCCCCUCCUGCUGCAAGCCCUUCGUUAGAGCGUCCUCCUCCAAUAGGCUUAGCCUGGGACCCGCUCUCCCAUAUAGGCCUCCUCACAGGCGGCUGCGCAGACCGGCAGCUUCUCACCCAGGGCCUUCACGCCACUGGUUCCCUUUCUUGAACUGGAGUGGCCAGAGAUUGAAUGCUCUGUCACGGAGCCACGCCCCCUCCCGUGGUGGCAGUAGCUGAGUGGCAGGCAUCCAGCGCGAGUGCAGGGGCUGUGCUGGGCUAGCAUCUGGAAGUCCCAGGUUCAAAUCCCCGCGUGUGCCAUGGAAGCACACUGGGUGAUCUUGGGCCAGUCACUGGUAGCCUAACUGUAUUCUCACAAUACUAGAACCAGGGGGCAUCCAUUGAAAAUGCU